ACUGACGUCAGCAGGAAACAUUAGCCUGAACCCUCUGAACCGUCAUUGCGAACCCCUAUCUUUUCUUUGGCACCGGGUCGAUCGAAGCAUCACAAAUAAAUCAUAAUGGAGAUCUCAUGUUCUGCGCGGCAUGCAAGCAACAACAACCUCUUGAACCGAAACAGUAUUCUUUGACAUCUCCCUUAUUGGAAGUGUAUUCGUAUAGCAAUUAUCCCAAGCAAGCGUUGGUGUGAGUUUGAGUAUCGGAAACGAACGAUGAGAGUUUCAACCCUUUGGAUACUGCUUGCAGCAUUGCUCCAGACGGCAAGAGCCUUUACGUCGACGCCACUGGCAACCAAGACGAAAGUUUUGUCACCCUUACGACGACAAGCUUCCAUUGCUGAAAAUGAUGAACCAUUUCCAGAACCACAACAAGAAGAAGCAGAAGAGCCACAAGCCUUAGAAAAGCGCCCAUCUGCCAGUAGUAGCCGACGACCUCCAAGCCAGAAGAAACUGAUUGACAAUGAUGCUGUGAUUCUUGCCCCAGUCCUAGCUUUGCUACUGGGCUUUAUGGCUCUGAUGGGGUUUGCCAUUAACAUGCUCUUUGGUGGGUAAGAAGAAAAAUCUGUACAAGUCAAGGAAGUCAUUCGAAGUGCAAAGGAAUGCAAUCAACAAAACAGUUACGAACCUUUCAAAUUUCCUAAAUAGAUAUCAAGUUCAUUAUCAUAAGCAAUCCUGGUCAUCAUCAACCUCACCAAAAUAGGAGAUCAAAA